AUGCAUCCGGCGAGUGGACUAGUUUUCCUAUUUGCUCUGCAAAUUGGAAUAGUUAUUGGUGCGUUUGUUAAAGACCCGUGCGUCUGUCACAGAAACCUGCUCCGGGUUUGCGCCAGCGAUGGAAAAACUUAUAGCAACAAAUGUCAGAUGGGUUGUGAAGGGCACAGAAGACGAAUCGAGCUAACCGUCGUGCGUAAUGGCCCAUGUGAUAGCGAUCGUGAACCGACGGUUCCCGAUGGUCAGUGUGACUGUCCGGAUAUUUAUGUUCCUGUUUGUGGCACUGACGGUAAAACAUACCCCAACAUGUGUAUUCUGGGCUGCGAAGCACGCAAAAGAGCAACCCGACUGAUGUACGCGAAGAAAGGCCGCUGCGACGAAGGAUUACCAAUACCAUUACUGGGCAGUAAACUCCUAAUGGAAAGGAGGGUGCAUUCUGAAUGCACGUGCACCAGCAUUUUAUUGCUGGUUUGUGGCAGUGAUGGAAAACCUUACAGAAACAAAUGUCAUAUGGCGUGUGCAGCAAGAGAAAAAGGAAUAAAGUUGAGCGUAGUGAAAUAUGGGGCCUGUCCUGCUGGAGCUGAGAGGGGACUUAUCCCGGGAGCACAGCAGCAACAACGCGCAAAACGUAUUCGUGGUCGUGGAAAAGUUCCCAACUCAGACGCGGAAAUGUGUGUUUACUUGCCGGGUACUUCCCGGCUAUGCAUCCCUGCCAAGGAGCCUUUGCUGGCUUGCUUAGCAUUUACUCUCGGUGGCGGCGCUGCUGGUGACGAUAUGGCUGUCUACGAAGCAUGUCGUUGUACCUUGGAGUUUGAUCCUGUUUGCGGAAGUGAUGGGCAAACCUACGAUAACCAGUGCGAUAUGCAGUGUGCCAGUGCCAUGAAUGGCGCCGUUCAAAAAACCAAGGAUGGACCGUGUUAA